ACAAGAAGAAAAGGAAAAAAAAAAAAAAAAACUAGCCAUGGCUAACAUGAAGUUCUUCUGCUUUUCUUGUCUAGUGAUUCUAACAACCCAACACCUACAAGCAACCCAUGCAGUGGAAUACAGUGUCACCAACAGGGCAGCAACAACCCCCGGUGGUGUCCGAUUCACAAACGAAAUCGGACUCGAAUACAGCAAGCAAACCCUAAUCUCUGCCACAAAUUUCAUUUGGAGGACUUUCCGGGAAAACUCUCCGAUAAACAGAAAGAGCGUGUCGGGAGUGAGCUUGUUCAUUGACACUAUGGACGGCAUCGCCUACGCUGUCAAUAAUGAGAUUCACGUCAGUGCCAAUUACAUACAAGGGUACUCCGGCGAUGUUAAGAGAGAGAUUACCGGAGUUCUGUAUCACGAGAUGACACACAUAUGGCAGUGGAAUGGGAAUGGCCAGACCCCUGGAGGAUUGAUAGAAGGAAUUGCUGAUUUUGUGAGGUUGAAGGCUGGAUAUGCCCCGAGCCAUUGGGUGAAACCCGGUCAGGGUGAUCGGUGGGACCAAGGUUACGAUGUUACAGCCCGAUUUUUGGAUUACUGUGACAGUCUAAGAAAUGGGUUUGUAGCAGAACUUAACAAGAAGAUGAGAAAUGCUUACAAUGCUAACUACUUUGUUCAGUUGUUGGGCAAGACAGUUGAUCAACUCUGGAGUGACUAUAAAGCUAAAUAUAAGUAGGCAUAUGCUUUCUACUUUAUUAUGACUACAAGGCUAAGUAUUUGAAAUGUAUGAAUAACAAACACUGAAAGUGUUGUAGUAUUGCUGGUUUUCUAGUCUUAUUGGCAAAUAAAUGUUCAAAACUAUAGUAAAAGAGUAAAAUUAUGAUUUAGAUAUGGCUCCCUGCAAGGCUUUUG